AUGCUUGCCAACAGCGUUGCUGUUUUGUUCAUGAUAACGUAUGUUACUGCUCAACAAACUUGCCAAUUGACUGAUCCGGAUAUUCUUGGACCUUACUAUCUUCCUGGCGCACCUACAUCUAAAGAGCAACUUUGUGCUAACUUGCCGGCACAUGAUCGAUUGGUUUUAACUGGCCAAGUGCUCGAUUAUGAAUCGGAAUGUAGACGUGGUAUUCCUAAUGUGAAAUUGGAUUUAUGGCAGGCUAAUUAUAAUGGUGUGUAUUCUGGUGGCCAGAGUGCUAAUGAUUGGUGGUGUCGAGCUGUCAUUGAAACGGAUUCUAAUGGUAAAUUUCGUAUUACUACUCUAUUUCCUGGCCGUUACGAUGACGGUGGUUACCGUCCGGCUCACAUUCAUUUCAAGGUUACUGUGCCAGGUUAUCCAACAUUAGUAACUCAAUUAUAUUUCAAUCUUGAUUAG